AUGCCUAUUGUUCAUCUCCCCAUAACAACGAAAACGGCCAGCGAGACAGUCUCAUCGUUACCAAAUGAGUCUGACUCGUCGAGUGAUCGUGAAACUCUGCCCUUAGCUGAACCAACAAGUAGGCGUAAGUUUUGGAUUCAAAAGGGGACGAAGUAUGACCCAGCUGCCAUUGCAACCCAGCCAUCCGUGUAUGAUAACCCAGACAUCGCCAAGGAAUAUCAACCAAGAGAGGAUUGGGAGAACCUGCACCGGUUUGACCCUUCCGCAAGAUGGACCUGGGGUGAGGAAAACCGGUUAAUUCGCAAGAUCGAUCUCCGGAUCAUGGUAUUUACCGCCAUCAUGUUCAUGGCUCUGGAGCUGGAUCGGGCAAACCUUCAGCAAGCCUUGACAGACAACUUUCUUGAUGACUUGAACCUCACUACCAAUGAUUACAACCUGGGAAAUACUGUAUUCAAGCUCUCUUUCCUCUGUGCAGAGCUUCCCUCUCAACUCCUCAGCAAGUGGAUGGGACCGGACAGGUGGAUUCCCAUGCAAAUGACACUGUGGUCAGCGGUGGGUAUGGCCCAGUAUGGCCUCAGUGGAAGGUCAUCCUUCCUUGCCUGUCGGGCCCUUCUCGCAAUCCUCCAGGGAGGGUUUAUUCCCGAUAUAAUUCUAUACUUGUCUUACUUCUACAAGUCCCAUGAACUUUCCGUCAGGCUGGGCUUCUUCUGGACAGCCAUGAACCUAGCAGACAUUCUCGCAAGCUUCCUCGCCUUCGGACUACUGCACCUCCGGGGCAUCCAAGGCCAGGCCGGCUGGCGAUGGCUCUUCCUCAUCGAGGGCCUCCUAACCCUAAUAAUCGGCCUGGCCGCUUUCAUCCUCAUGCCCCCAGGUCCCUGCCAAACCGCCAAUUGGGCUCGAGGCAAGUCAGGCUGGUUCACCCCACGCGAAGAAACAAUAAUGGUCAACCGAGUCAUCCGCGAUGACCCAAGCAAAGGCACAAUGCACAACCGCGAACCCAUAACCCCCAAUCUCCUCUGGAAAAGCCUCUGCGACUUCGACCUCUGGCCCCUCUAUGCCCUCGGCGUCACCUUCCUCACUCCCAUAACCCCCCCGCACCAAUACCUCACCCUCACCCUUCGCGGAAUGGGCUUCAAUACCUUCGUCACAAACCUUCUCGCCAUCCCAAGUCAAGUAGCCCAGAUCUUCACAAUGCUAACCCUGACCUACGUCUCUGAGUGGAUUACCCAGUUAACCUGGUCCGCCAUGAUCCCGCAGAUCUGGGCUCUGCCCUUCGUCAUAUACCUCUAUGCUGUCGAUAUAAAUAAUAUUAAUAAGUGGGUGGCAUGGGCGAUUAUGACGGUGUUCUUGUCCGUUCCAUCUUGUGGGUUUAUAUCUAUCCCUCACUCACCCUUUCUUCAACUCUCAAGUUGA